AUGAUGAUAAUCAUCUUGCUCACAUUGCUCUCGCAUGCCACUAUAAGUGUUGAGGAUAACACUACCACCAACACCCAAGAGAUUUUCGGUGUAGAUGUUUCGGAAAUCAACGAAAAAAUCAGAGGCAUGCGAUAUGAAGUGCUCAAUACCUUCGACAUCACGCCUGGAAUAAUGAGAUCUCUCGAGCAACGCCUUCAGAAAGUAUCAAAUCUCGAGCAUGACAGCAUUGACCCGAGCGGGGACUCCGUUGACGAGAUCAACGAAAAAAGCAAAAUCGACAGAGAACUUUUCCAGAAAUGGUGCGAUGGUAAGGCAAUCGUGAGGUGUGAGAACGGUGGAUAUCCUCACCCACGCUUUUGUUGGAAGUGCGUAUGUCCGGGCGGAUAUGCUGGAAGGCGAUGCACUGAGAGGCCUGAUGAAGGAUGCGGAAAGACAAUUGAAGCAUCAAAAAAUUGGAAAACUCUCAGUAAUGUUCUAGGAAAUCGUACCGUUCGUCGAGUUCUGGAAAAGUACAACAAGUGCAACUACUGGAUCCAAUCUCCCGAAGGGACCGAAAUCGAGAUAAAGCUUAAAUACUUCUCUAAAAAAUUUGCUGUCGAUGGCUGUCCAUACGCUGGGGUAGAAAUCAAGACAAACAAGAAUCAGCAGCUCACUGGUUACAGGUUCUGCUCUCCAGACGCAGCAGGAACCAGACUUCGUUCCCACACUAAUCGAGUACCCAUAAUAAUAUGGAAUAAGAUUUAUUUAUCAAAAACCAUUUUGCGCUACCGAUACGGUAAUACGAUAAAGGACGCCAUCGUGCUGCUUCGAACAAUAUACUGGAGCCUAGCAGCAAUCCUUAUUCCGUGCAUUAUAGCCAUAAUACUACUUGUAAUCACAUAUGUGAAUCUGGCAGACGACAAGCCCACGCAGUAUGGUGGGGUUGCUCUUGGUGGAAUCAGUGAGCCAUUUACGCAUGGCGACGUCUACGUUAAUCUUACCGAUCCCGAGGAUAGUCCCACCAAUUCUGGUGAUCAACAAACAGAUGAUGAGAGUAACGGACCGAAUGAGCUUGCCUCAAAUGUCACUGUAAAGCGAAUUAUUGCUUUUGCGAAGGUUCUCGAAGACAAAAUAAAACUGCGCAUAAGACCGCGUUUCAAAUAUUCAUAUCACAUUCAACGGAAAACUCUGGGAGUGACACAAUUGACGAUAAGAUCAAUGGAAAAAGGUUUAUUGACUGUAGUCUACCCUGAUGUUUUCACUAUGCUUGAAUCCUUCGUUUAUAUGGUGACCUCUUGCUUCUUGAUGAUUCUUUAUUUAUUCCUCUUUGAGAUCUCUUCGCUUGAAUAUUUCAAGUGUCAGCUACGCUCAAACAAGGUCCAGUCUAUGACUUCUGAACCGUCAUCAGAUAAUGAGCAAGAAUUUGUGGAUAGAGCAGUGUUCCUUGAUAAAGUCUAUAAAAGUUGGCAAACCAAAGAGUCUGCAAUUAGUGAUGUGUCUUUUGGAGCCUUCUAUGGACAGAAAACAUCAAAAUUGGACGAAAAACGGAAGCGACUAUUGACACUAGCGAUUUCCAUGGUCGGCGGCAGUUCGCUUGUCCUAAUGGAUGAGCCCUUCAAAGGACUUGAUGCUGAGACAAAGGAUCAUUUCAGAAAAAUACUCGAACGUAAUAAAGAAGGAAGAUGCUUCCUCGUUGCAACGUCGUCGGCUGAAACAGCCGAAAUGAUAGGAGACCGCAUUGUAAUGCUGUACAACGGCCGAGUCCUUGCAUUAGGACCAAUUCCGUCGUUGAAAGCAGAGUUAGUGGUUCGAAAACUGGUCCCAACUGCUGAGCUCCGAUUAACUUGUGGCAAAUUAGUCCAAUUCGGAUUCAACAGUAACAACCAUGAAGAUAGAACCGAUCUAGACAAAUUGCUCUUUUACGUGGUCUUGAAGGAAGCAAAGAAAUUCUGGGAAUUUCGGAAUAUUACGUCACAAUAUGCACGGUCAUGGACGUGUAUCGCAGAAGAGGAUCAAUUGGAAGAAGAAACUAAAAUUCAUCGUGGUAUGUCAUUCAAUAAGCUUUCCGUUCUCUGGCAAGAAAUUUCAACCGAAAUGGUGUCAUCAGGAAAAUGCCCAUUCGCACGACAAUUUUAUGUGCUGCUGAAGAAACGACUGUACUUGUUACCAAAUCGUCAUUGCUGUUUAGCGGUGGUCACCGUUCCAAUCGUUCUCGUGAUUUUCACAGUGAUGUCAAUUAGUAAUCGAGGCGAUGCCGACCCCACACGGUGUACGUUUAAUGCCUCUGAGUCGUCUAAGAAGAUCGAUUCAGUUCCAAGCAUAUCACUCGAUAUGUAUGACCAUGGUCGCUUCAUCAUUUACGAUCCAAAUAAUAUGACUGAAAAGGCGUGCAAGGUUUUGGAGAAUGUUCUUCUUCAUCCCAAUAUUGAGAUUAUAUGGACUCACUCAGAUAAUCUCUGCGAGAGUUGGCCAAAUGACUGGCCUUUUGUUGUUGGAGCAGUGGCAUUCGGUGAAGACAUCGGACUUGCUGUAGUUGUGGAUGACGAACAUGAUGAAAUUUGGUUUGUUCCAAAUAUCGCCACAUUCGGUUAUCAUACAAUUAUUCAAGAAAUAGUACAAGGACCGUGGGAAAAGCUUCAUGUGGAUAUAGAAAUAGCAGCAGUGAAAUCGGAUUCGAAUGGUACCAGUAUGCUCAUUAUUGGGAUUGCCCACGUUAUUCUUCUCUCAGCAUUUGUCAUUGUACCAGUACAGGAGAGAAGUUGUAAUUUCAAAAGACAGCAGAUUUUAUCGGGUGCGUCGGUGUUGACAUAUUGGUUAGCCCAUUUCCUCUUCGACGCUUUGAUUGCUGUUAUAACUGUAUCGAUAUGCUUGCUGCUCAUUGUGAUACUGCACUCUGCUCCGUCGUUGUUACUGUCGUAA